CUAAAAUGAAACUAAGAAAUAAACUAGGCUUAGAUUUAAAAAAUCUCUAUUUUAUACAGUAGCCUACUAUUUAAUUCUAGAAUCUUGGUUCUAUAGACAUAGAAAUAUAUGUAGGUCUGUGUUUUGGUCUAGAGAUCAAUGACAAAAUCAAACAAGCGAAGUGUGACAAAUGCCUUAUAAUCUUCGUUGACAAGCAGUUUGUAGUUUGUUUAAAAAUGGCUGCCAGACGAAUAAAUCAACACUUUUCUAAAAGUUUAAUAUAUGCAGCCAUUGUGCGGUUAGAAAAACGUUAACUGAAAUACAUUUUAGAUCUAUAUGUGAAGCCUAAAAAUGGAUAGUCCUAGAGACAUCCAAAACCAGAUUACAGUUAAACUAACAGAGGAUGGCUUGAAUCCUGUGUCCAGUGAUUUGGAGAAAUUGUUAUUUCUAUGGAAACUUUAUCAGCAGCUGAAGGAUGAACUACAAAUAUCACACCAGAAUGAAGCUAAAAUGAAAGAAGCCCAAGCAGAAGAGAUGAAGGAGGUAGAAAGCUAUGUUGAACACAUUCGCCAACUUUCAGAUGAUAGAGAAGCUCUUAUUCAGGACUUGGAAAGUGAAAAUGAGGCAUUGAAAAUUCAAAUCUGUCAUUUAGAACAGGAAACUAGUACCACAGCUCAAGCAGAAAUAAUAGAAAUGCUGUCAGAACAAGGACUGGCUGAGAUUGCUAAGUCACCCCCAGGAGAACAAAUAGCUUACCUGAUUGUAGAGAGAACACGCUUGUUAGAGGAAAUAGAAAAGCAUAGGAGUAACUCCAGAACAGAUGAUGGCAAAAACUCAAACAUUAAACAACAGUUGGAACAGGAAAGAGCAGAAUUUGAGCAAGAACUAAACCAACAAAGAGAAAGUGAUAAGAUACUUCGAGACCAACUGAAACAUGAGCAUGAGGAAGAAAUUAGUGCACUGAUUGAAGAGAAUGGAAAACUUGAAGAUGAUUUGCAAGAUGCUGAAAUGAGGAUUUCUCAACUUAAGGCUGAAUUGAACAAGUACACAGAAGGAGAUGAACUGGAGACCAGUGGGCAAGGGAGAUUAUUUCAAUUACCUGGAAGGGAUGAUAUCAAAAGACUGGAAGAAGAAAGAAAUGAGUUGAACAGAGAAAAAGAAGAUAUGGAGAAAGAGAUGGCUGAGAUAGAAAGUGAUAGAGCUGAUUUUCAGAAAGAGAAGGAUAGCUUUGAAAAGGAAAAGAAAGCAUUUGAGAAAGAAAAGUCUCAAUUACUCAAAGAAAUGACAAGACUAAAAGAUUUACAAGAAGAGAUAGAAACUGAGAGAGAUGACUUAGAACUGGACAAAAAAGAAGUGGAAAAAGAAAGGCAAAGUGUAAAAGCACAAAAGGAAGAAUUAGAAAAUAAGAAACAAGAAAAGGAACACAAUACAAUGACUAGUCAAAAGUCAGUUGAUGAGACAGAUGAAAAAGAUGGUACUAAAUUAAGAAGAUCCUCUAGUGAUGUAAUGUUGAGGAAAGUCAUUGAGGAUAAAACAAAGAUUGAAGGGGAGUUGGUACAACUUAAAUCACAGAUGAGAUCAUUACAGAAUGAAAAGGACGGCCAUGAUGAUGUGGUGAACAGUUUAAAAAAAGAAUUGGAAAAAUCUCUUUCUCAACAUCAGCUUUUGCAAAUGAAAAACAAAAGUUUAAACUCUGAGCUGGAAAGUCUAGAAUCUCAAUUAGAUGAGAUGGAGGUCACUAUAGAAACAUUGAAACAAGAAAAGCUAACUCUGACAUCCAAAAAUGAGUCUCUCUAUGCUGAAGUAAAAACCCUUCGUGAUGAGGCAUCAAAAUCUUUUACUCUACAAAACAUGGUGGAAAUAUUAAAUAAUAAUAACAAACAACUAAAUGAAACUUUGGAAUCAAUCAAAAUGAAAUAUGAACAAACAGCCAGCGAGAAGGAUAUGUUAGCCACUCAGAAUCAACAGUUAUUCAAAGGUGAGCAAGACUUGACCACUCAGCUUGAGACAUUAAAACAUGAACUGGAUAAAGUAACAAAAGAAAAGGAACAACUCAGUAACCAGGAACAUGAACUCUUGGCAGUCACCAAAAAGCAAGAACAAGUAGAGAAGAUGCUAAAGGCUGAUUUAGAAGAUUUAAACAAGACAAAAGAGAAGUUAGUUCAACAAACAGAAGUCUUAACUAAAGAAAACAAGGAUCUUCUAAACAGAUUAGAUAAAGCCAAAGAUGAAGUUGAGGCAGCCAAGCUCCAAGGCCAAGAAAUUGAUAAGCAAAAAAUUAUAAUUGCUCAUCUUAAAGAACAAAAUCAACAAAUGCAAAGUCAGUUGAAGGCAGCACAAACCGAAUUAGAAAAAUCAAGAGAAAGAGAGACAACACUUAUUUCUAGUCAGCACUUGUUACAGAAAACUCAUGGUGAUACAGAAAAAAGAUUAAGUGCUGACCUUGAGAACAUGAAAGUGAAACUAGAACUGACACUGCUUGAAUUGUCUAAAGCUAGGCAGUAUGGUGAGGAACUUGAUUUAGAGAAUAAAGAUCUCAAAGUAUCACUCAACACAGCCCUUAAACAUGAAGAGGACCUCUCUAAUAAUUUGAAAGAAGAAAAACAACACAACAGUCAAUUGACUCAGGAGAUGAAUCAGCUCAAACUGCAAUUAACUGAAAAAUCAAAAGUUAUAGAGAAAUUUGAAGAUGAGAAGAAAAUAAGAUUAGAUUUAGAAGCAAAAGUAGAGGUCUAUGGACAAAUUGAAGAACAGUUGAAAAAAGUAAAACAUGAACUUAACAUUGAACAAAACAAAAGACAAGAACUUGAAAAAGCAACAGAGAGACUCAGACAAACUCAAGAGGAGUUGGUAGCUGCUGAAGAAGAGCUUCACAAAGAACAGCAACUCCAUACACAGCUUAAGGUGAGAGUGAAAGAACUUGAGCACCUAGUCAAAGAUCUGGAGAUAAGCAAAAAAUCAUCAGAAGAGCUGCUUGAGAAUGAAAGAGAAAUCAGGAAGAGUUUUGAAAAACAUAUGAAGGAUUUACAGAUGGCUACAAGCCAACAUGACACACUGGAGGAGAUAGCCAAACUUAGAGAAGAGCUCCACAAAGAGAGAGCAACUCUUCAAGAAAUAAGAGUGUCAGAAAGUGAUUUGCAACUGUUAUGUAAUGAGCUGGAAAAGGAAAGAAAUUUAACUGCAGAAUUGAACAAACAAAUAACAGCUUUAGAAUCUGCUAAUAAAGAAACAGCCACAUCCACUCUGAAAGCUGCUCUUGAUGAGCUAGACAGAGAAAGACGAGCUCGAGCUGAAAAUGAUUCUAAAGUGAUGGAACUGGAACAACUUCUAGAUGAUCAGAAGAUAGAUAGUGAGAACAUGCAGCACAACUUAAAUGGGAAGAUUGUUUCCUUACAAAAACAAGUGCAAGUUUUAGAAGAUGAACUUUUGACAAUUCAAGAUAAAUACCAAGACUUACAGGACAAAUAUAAUUUGGUUUCUAAAGAGUUAAAAAUAAACCAAUCUGAUGUGAUGGAAGUAGAUAAAGUAGACAGCAGUCAGGCUUCCUGCAGAAAAGAACCUCCAUCUCCAGAUAAUGAUUUGGAGAAAUCUCUUGAGUUCUCUACAACAAAACUGAAUGAAACUCUGAAUGAACUAAACAAAGUCAAGACUAAAUUGUUUCAGACUGAAGAAGAGUUGAGAAAAGCUGAAGCAGACAAUACAAAUCUAAUCCAAGAUUUAGGUUUGCUGAAGCAAUCUGUGGAAAUGUCCAGCAAACAUUUAGACCAAUCAGAUAGUGAGCUCAGUACACUCAAACAUGAACUGAUUGAGACUCAAGGGACACUAGCUGUCACCCAAACUCAGAUGAAAACUAUGGAAACAAAAAUGGAAGUGUUGGUCAAAGAGAGAAGUGAACUCAUGAGAAACGUUGACACUUUCAAGGAGUCACAACAAAAUACCUUGAACUCCUUGCCCUACUUUGAGCAAGAGAGAAAAAAUUUACUGGAUAAAAUAAAAAUCAUGGAGAAAUUAUCUGAAAAGUUGGAGCUUGACAACAGAGAAAUGGCUCAAAAGUUAACAGAAGCUUCUGCCAAGGCCAACAGUUUGGAAGCUCAGCUAGAAAGAGAAAAAUUGACGAGCUCUAACAAAAUCCACCAGGACAGACACUACACAGAACAAUUAGAACAUGACUUAGAUACAUCCAACAAAUACAUACGACAACUGCGUGAAGAUUUACAUCAGCAUCAAUCUAAAACCUUUAAGCUUGAGUCAGACAGUCUAGGUCUCACUGCCAAAUAUGAAAGCAUGAUUGUACAUUUAGAAGAAAACAUUCAAGAUUUGAAAAAGAAGCCUACACAGGAGCUCAAUGUUUUAAAGGGUCAGUUUGAAUCCAUUAGCAAGGAAGCAAGGGAUUUAAAACAUCGAAACAAAAAACUGGAAGAGGAUGUGAGCAAGUUGACAUGUGAUGUUUCAAGAUACAAGUCUAAUGUUGAGAAACUGGAGCUACAUCUGCAAACAGAAACUCAAAUAAAAUCAGAGGUUGAGAAAAGAAAUGCUGUGAUAGACAUAGAGUUGUCUAAGGCCUACAGCCAGAUAAGAAACUUGAUGGAUAAAAAUGCAGAACUGGAAUCUCUGAAACGUUCUUAUGAACUAGAUAUUACAAUGCAUAAAUCAAGCAUUCGUGACGCGGAAAGCAGUAUAUUAAAAAAAGAAGCCACAUAUGAAUCUUCAACCAAAGCUAUUGUUGCAAGAGCUGAGGCGGCAGAAAGAAAGGCUAGAGAGCUUCAAAGAGAAUUAGAAGAAGUCACACAGAAGAUGUUGCACAUUGAAGGACUCCUAAAUAAGGCAGAAAUGGACAGAGGAUAUGUUGGAGAGACUCAAGAUAAAAUUGUCAAUAUAAGAAAUCAACUAGAAGGAGAAAAAUUACAAAGAACAUUCCUGGACCAGACAGUUGCUGAACUUAAACACCAGGUGGCAUUUCUGAAAGAGAGGGAAGUAAAGUUAAACUUAGAAAAUAGAGAGCUUCAUCAAACUAUUCUUGACCUGGAAACACAUUUCAAUCAAAUACAAAAUAAGUUUUCUUUGGAUUUUGAAUCACCUACACCAGAACCCAAUCAACAUUCAUUGAUGGACCAGAUAGCCAGACUUCAAAGGGAGGUCAAAGUUUUACAAUAUGAGCUGACCAAUGUCAGUGAAAAGAGAGAUGUAGACAUAAAAAAAUAUGAGGAAAGAAAAUUGAGGACCAAGUCUAAGUUAAUUAAAGCCAGAGAGUUUUACAGCAAUGAAAAAAGUAAAUACAUGGAUCAGAUAGAACACAUGAAUGAUGACCUCAGACUAACCAGAGCAAUGCUGGACAAGGAGCUGGAGUGGAGAGAGAAAAUGGAUGAAAGCUACAAGCAACUGUUGAGAGAGAAAAGGGAGUUAAUCACUCAAUUGUCAGAGAUGGACGAGAGUGUGAGGGACCAAGGUCGAGUCCUAACCAUGACACAGGCUCGACUGGAGUACUUGGAAGAAGAGAAUGCCAAUUUGCAAGAUUUACUUGAAGUGAUGACGCAAGAAAAAUAUAGUGUGGAUAAGUUAUUAAAGGAGAAGAAUUUAUAUGAAACAGAUCCAUCCGUGGGGAUAGGCGCUUUUGGAGUCUGCAAAGAUUCAGAAUGGGACUCUUACGACCACGUAGAUCAACAAUGGACUGUUCCUAUUGAACCGCCUGCUGAUUUUAGAAAACCAAAUGAUGAAGUAACUUGCUUGAACCAGAAUAACAAUAAGAGCAGAAGAGCUGUUCACUCCAGUGAGAACUUUGAAUUUCUUCCACCCACAGCCUUAAACUUUCACAGGUAUUCUCAAGUUGAUGAUUUCAAACUCAGCCGGGAUGAUUUCUUUGAUAAUGGCGAUGAGUUUGAAGCAUAGUUAAUUUGUAUGUGUGGGUUUUUUUUAUGUGUGCCUGUGAGUUUAGUUUUUUUUUGUUGCAUUUAUUGAGUGAAAUUUUGCUUCAAAACAAUCAAAAUGUUUCACGCUAGAGGUAAAGCUAAAUAUUUAAGUGCAAUCGAAUUUGUUUCAUUUCUUGAAAUUAAGAUUUUUAAAAUGUUACAUAUGGUAGUAUUUGUACAAUAGAACUUGGUGUUGAAAAUUUUAGUUGAUUAAAAAUGUCAGUAGUGUAGUUAUUGCAUUUUUUAUUUUUUUUUGUAUUUGUUGUUAAUGUUAUUUGCAAGUAAUUAUUCCCUCCUACUGAUUCCAUCCAGUGAUACUGCUUAUAUUUAAUUGUGUUAAUGUUUUAUAUACAUGCAUAACAUUUCUACUUUUAUCUGUGAUAUUGUUUAAGUUGCCUUCAAACCUCAGUUUUUAAUCAUGCUUUUUUCUUAUUUCAUUUAUUUUUAUAUUAUGAAAAUAUUUUUACAACAAUAAUUGUUUAAUAUAAAAGUUAUUUUUUUUAAAUGCAAACGGUUUGUAAACUUUGAAAUCCAUAUAAUAACUAAUCCUAUAUCAGAAUGGUAUGCAUUACAUGGCACGAUAAAACAUUUACUCGGAACUAAGUGAAAAUAAAAUCUAAAAUGGUUUUGUCCGAACCUAUUUAUACUCCACUUCCAUCUUUGUGCACAUAGAAAAUGAGAUUAAGCUUAUCUUUCAUCAGUGUUAAAUAAUAUUGGAGAAGUACAUGUUACAAAAAAAAAAGUCUCAAAAAGAUUUUUUAUUCUUUAUAGUAUGACAAUGAAAAAAUAGGAAAUUAAUGUUUAUGAUGACUUGAGAUUGGAUCAGAGGGAUUUGGCAUUAAAUGUUCUGGUGGUGUCAAAGAAUAUUUUUUCUAUAAGUUUUUAUGAUGACUUUAAAAUUUCACAUUAUAUUACUAAUAAUUGUUUAUUACUUUAGCAUAACUGAUUGCCUUACAAACUAUCAAGGAUUAUAUGCAUCAGUUUAUUCAGCUAAACUGAUGGCCUUACAAACUAUCAAGGAUGAUAUGCAUAAAACUGAUGGCCUUUCAAACUGUUAAGGAUUAUAUGAAUCAGUUUAUUACUUCAAUGAUUGUAUGCAUCAUAUAUUUAUAUUUAAUAUCAUGAUAUUGAGCUUUCAACAAAUAUAAUAUUAUAAGUAUUUCUAAGAAUAUCUUAACACUUAGUUUGCUUCCUCACCUUGUGAUUUUUUUGUAGUUUGAUGUUAGAGUUAGAGCAUUUACAGUUUUAUUUGAAUUAAUUUUAUGCCUCUAUAAAUCAUCAGAACUUUAAGCAUCUGUAAAUAGAGAAACAAUAGAAAGAAUCUGCUGAGAUUCUAGUUUACAUCAUACAUAUGUCAUUCUUGCUUUGUGAUUCAAGUUUUUUUUUUUUGGUGUUUUUUUAACUCUUAAAAAAAAAAUACUUAGUGUCCAAUGUAAGUUUUGAGAGUUCAAUUUAUUUGUUUGUUAAAGUUAGGAAAAUAUUUAAAAUACAAUUCCUUAUGAAAUACAUUUCAUGGUUGCCAAUAUUUUGUGUGAAGUUAUUGUACCGCAAAAAGGUUUAGAACAAUAAAACAUUUCUAAUUUUCAGGGUUUAAAAUAUCAUUCACCAACCUAUAUAAACAGGUUCAUCUCUAUGGGGAUUAAGACAUUAUUGGAUAUGUGGACUCAGGGGUAGGCAGGGAACCAAAUGGCAUAUGGGGCUGCUGCUGAAUGGGACACUUAAAAAUUCAGGAAAUACAAUUUUAUGAUGGGCCUUUACCUUGCAUUAUUACAGAAUGUACAGAGCUAUUCUAACACAUUUUUUAUAAUAAUGGAUUGUCCUUUACCUAUUACUGUAUAUCUGGUGAGCUGCAAUCCCCUGUGAGUGAUUAACACGCAACAUAUUAAGCACUAUAUUUUUAUGAUCCAAUAGAUUGCUUUAUCAUAUUUUCUGAUGAAACAAACCCUCUAGUUAUAAUUCUGUAAUGAUUUUCCCUGGUGUCAUUUUGGGACUAAAUAAAUAUAAGUCAGUUGAAACAUACAGAUGCUAAAUUUUUUUUGUUCUUUGUAAUUUUUUUAUAUUUAUCAGUAUUAAGCCAUUUGGUUCAAUCUAAAUUAAAAUUAUUUUUUUUAGUUUAGGAAACAUUGUGGAAAAAACUUUUCUUUAGUUACUGUUACACAUUUUUUCCACUGUAAACUGUUUAAUUUCUUACAUUUUUAUUUUAGUUUUUAUUGUGGGCACUUUGACUGAAUAAGCAGUUUGUCUGUGAGUCUUUGAUGAUUUUUUAAUGAAAAUAAAUUUUAUAUUCUAGUGAUUAUGAUAAAUCAUUUAAUGCAAUCACUGUAAUUAUAAAGUGAACCUUAUUGAAUGAGCCAUCCUGAUUUUUUCAAAACUCAUAAUACAAAUGAACAAUUGCUGAUUACAAAAGCUUGGUGACUGGGAAUUUCUUUCUUUGUUUAACAUUAAAUUGUUUAAGCUUUAGAUUUUAUGGGGACUUUCAAAGAUUUCACUUCUUUUUCAUGUUAGUAUCAAAUGCUUGACUAGAAUUACAUGAAGAUUAGAAUGUAGGGCCUGCAAGAAAUUAGCAAGUCAAGUUUUCUGUCUUUUUUUUUUGUUCAAUGCCUCUUUAAUAUUGUUUUUUUAUUAUGUAAUCUAAACAUUCAAUUUUAUUCUUAAACUUUUGAAAUAUUUAUUUAUAUUAGUAGUCUAGAUCACAAGGUCUGAAAGGGGAACUUUACUUUAUUUUAUUUUUUUAGUCUAUUGUUUAAUUAAGAUGUUUUUCACAAAAUUAUUAAAAUGUAUACCUAAUAUUCAAAUUUUAAAUAGGCCACAUUAAAAUAACAGAUUGGAAACCACUUUGCAAACAUGAGUAAAACCUGGUCUCUAUAUUUAAGACCUACCUAACUUCAUCUAUUGACAUUGUAAGUUUUGCAUAAACACCCUGUAGAGGUGUGUACCAGAUGAAUGUGGGUCUAGGAUUAAAGUGUGCAACAUCAUCAUGACUUGAAUGCGUCCUUUUCAAAAUAAAAGACUACUUAAAGUAUUUUGUUGGCUAAUGCUGUUAGAUAACAUACAUUCCUAACACUUCAAAGAGAUUUUAUUCUUUUACCAUUAAUCUAACUGUAAGUAUUUUUGUGAAUGUAUUUCUGUAUAAUUGUAAUGAUCAUAAUUAUAUCUUUGUAUUUAAGGUUUGUAUUUAUAGUCCAACAAGCCAAAAUAAAAGAUCAAUAUUAAAGAUCUU